GAUCCUACUCCGGCACCUACCCCGGCGCCUCCUGGCGUUUCGUCUGCUGAUGUCUUCCAGGGACCUUCUGGGGUUUUGACGGAUCCCCUAGGGGACCCCCUUUUCGAUCCCGACAGUCUCCACCACCCCAGAUCCGCAGAAUGGCUCCCGCUUGAUCACGUUGCUCAAUACCUAGCAGCGCGUGUUCGUUGCCCUCUGACCAAGGAGGCUCGCAACAAGCUCAAAGCCGAAUGCCCUAGACCCAUUGUUGCUAAUAAGGUCUGUGACACCCCAUCCGUGGACCCCAAAAUGGUCCAGUUUUUGGCAAAGUCUGGGUGGAACCCUAGAAGGGGGCUGGAGUCGGCCCUUAAGGCGACCCAGGACAAGCUCCUGGACCUUUUCGGCCCGUUGACAAAGAUCUUUGAGUUGGCGGAAAUCGCCAGAGAGACAGAUACACCCGUUGAUCCGGAGCAUCUCCGAGGUUGGGUCCAAAGGGCCAUAUGUAUAGCAGGAAAUGUGAAUACUUCCCUGUCAAUAGAACGACGGAAAGCUAUUUUGUUCAAGAUUGAACCAAAACUGGUCAAUUUAGCUCUCACUGAGGCCGGAGGAGAGGCACAGGGACUGCUCUUUGGAGAGUCCUUCAUUAAGGACAUGGGCAAGUUCGUGGGUGCCUUCACCGCCCUGGAUAAGGCACAAUCAUCCAUGAGGAGAGUGUUCCAGGGCCGUUUUUCCGCUAGGGCCGGCAAUUACAGGGGCCGUUCUGCCGGCCGUUCGUCAUUCCACGCCCGGGGUUCGGGCAGAGGCUCCUACGGUCAAAGAUCCUUCUCUCAGCGAUACUCAUCCCAGGACACCAGGCAAUCGCAGGGUUUCUUCCCAUCCCGUGGUGCUCCCAGCCGCAGACCCUUCAGAGGUGGUUCCGGAUUUCGUCGUCCCCUCGGUUGACUUUCCUGAGGUGGUUCUCGCUGGUUCCAGUGGACUGGCGGUUUCCUGUUACAGUUCUGCAGUUGCAGUUUCGAGGAGUUCCCCUCUUGACAGAGGUUCCGGAUGAUG